AUGUCCCAACCUGCUCCGGUCAUUCCUCCUCGACCGGCCCGAUCUCCAAAACCGCCGGCAGCGUCAUCGUCGUCAGAGAUGCCCAAGAUACCGCCGCGCCCGGGCAAUCGCCGCAGUGAUCGUUCGGCUUCACCCAUGCGUGAUAGCUAUGCACCUUCACCGUUCAAUGAAUGGACCGGUCCUAGCAUGAGUCGCACCGUUUCAAAUGAUCUGCCUCCACGUCCUCCCAGCGUCACGAUACCGUCCCUCGGCGAGGAGGGUAUUGAAUAUGCGGAUCUCGACCCAGGAAACAUGUCGGAUACCCAUCACCAGACACCUGCGGAGACUCGCAAUGUUGGCAGUGAUCUUAAGAUCCAUGCACCGAGACCUUCGCUGCCGAUAUCAAGCGCGGAAGCAAGAGUCCGUGGUGUCACCCGGACUGAUUCCCGCCAGGCUGCUGCGGCAGGACUAGGCCGUGGUGUUUCGCCUGCUCGCGAGGAACUAGAACGAUCAAGUCGUUCACUGCAUUCCCGAACGAGUGGCUCACGCACCGGAUCAACUGCAUCCAAUGAGCGCCGACACUCUGCCCACAUGGGAGAUGAGCAGGGGUUCCGCGUGCCCAUGUAUCCAAAUGCCGGUGACGUCCAGGCACCAUCCCCCAGCCCGUACCUCGAACAAGGCUCGCAGCGGUCCAGCCGUAACCACAACCGCACUCGUAGUGCUCGGGACUCUUCACUGCCCCCUGGUAGCUAUGGGUUGCACGGACAUGGCGUUCAGUAUCCCGAUAAGUUCGAGAAGGCUUGGUAUGAAAAGCAUCCCGAUGAAUUCGUGAAGGAAGAAGGAAAAUAUGGCCCUGGUGUCGGCACUCCGCGUCCCGAUUGGGCAAUGAGCAGCGAUGAUCUGAACAAGAUUGUUCGAAGCUCGGCCCAGACUGGUUCCGGUCUUGGUACUUCCCCAUCCAUCGUGGGUACCCCCGAAGAAGAGGUCGGAUACAUAGCGUCCGACGAGUACAUACAGCAAAUUGCUUCUCCCCCUCCCGACGGUCGAUUCGAAAGCCAACCGACUGUUGAGUCGCCACUUCGACAGAUGAGUUUCCCUUCAGAAGCAACGCAGAAGCAAACUACCGCAAGGCCACUGCAUCAACGUAGAUCCAGUUCGCAUGGAAAUCGUGAUGGUGGCGUGAUCCACGUGGAUGAUCCGAUGCAUCCUUUGCACCACCCGGAUGGAUUCGCCGCCACCCCGGCGCUGGAAGAGAAUGAGCCGACAUAUGAGAACGCCGUGGAGGACGAUGAGCCAAUUUUGGCUGCUGAUGAAGUGCGCCCUGAGUCGGCGUACUUGCAUCCCGCCGUCUCGCCGUCAUUUGAUCGUCGACCAAGCUUCGAGGAUGAUGGCCGCAGUCGAACCCCUAGUUCCCACAGUCGUUCCAACAGUCGUUCCAACAGUCGGUCGGCAAGCGUGCAAGGCCAACUAACCCGCUUUGACUCGCGCGAGGAUACGUAUACACCUCUUGAAGACGUCGAGGAGUAUGAACCGUUGUUCCCUGAAGAGGAUGCUAAGAAAGGGAAACCCGUGUCAGCUGCGGAUCGCUUCAAGAAAAGGCCUGACACACUCAAACAUAGAUUCCCUAGCCAGGAUAUCUGGGAGGAUACCCCGAACAGUCUGCAGCUUCAAGCCACCGUCACCACCCCAGAUCUGCCUAAGCGAGACUCUGCCGAAGUCUUCGAAACACCCGAGCAAGAGGCCAAACGCAAGAUGCAGAACGCCAAAGUCGACUCUCAUCGGGUGGCCGCCCACAUCCUGGAAGGCGAGAGCGGCAGGGAUAAGACUCCCGCGCGACCCGACACUUUGAAACAGCGUUUCCCCAGUAGAGAUAUUUGGGAAGAUGCCCCUGAUAGUCAACAGCUGGUGACCACAAUCGAGCCUGCAAAAGAAGAAUUGAAAAGUCCGGAAGUACCUUCCAGGCCUGGAAUUCCCCCGCGCCCGCAGAGACAGCCUCAGUCUACCUCACCGACCGAAAAGCGCCAACCACCAUCAAUUCCUGGCAGACCCAAGCCUCAGGUCCCUACCCGUCCUGCUAAGCCCAGUUCCCAGGCCGCAGGAACCACCGCUGAAGCCUCGAAAGAUGCUCCUGCAGUCAAGGCCAAGCCCGCAAUUCCUGGUCGUCCAGGCGGGAGCAAAAUUGCAGCCAUGAAGGCGGGCUUCCUCACUGAUCUGAAUUCACGUCUGCAGCUGGGUCCGCAGCAGCCAAAGCCUCAGGAAAAGGAGCCCGAGGUUUCGGUUGAGAAGCAGCCUCUGAGCGAUGCUCGCAAGGGAAGAGCCCGCGGACCAGCACGACGUAAGCCAGCCGUCGAAAAAACCAGUUCUACGCUCCCCACUAUCCCAGAGAUCAAGAUCACAGAAGCUUUGAAUAUCUGGCAGGUCGACCAGGAUGGAAAGGUUGUUGUUGGAACCAGUAAGAAGGAGGAAAAGUCUGCUGUUGCAGUGAAGGAACCGUCGGUGACUGCUGAAGGCCCAAUGGCCCCUCCAAUUGCCAAGAAUACCGCCGGCGAAUCUGUAGACCCAACACCUGAAUCUCCGGUUCCAGAGGACAUGACCUCGCCCAGGACCACAACAGCGGAUGUCCAGCCUAUACAGACCCCAGCAGAGAUCUCGAAAUCGGCUGAAUCGUCUCCGAUAGCAACCGAAUCGGCAGAUAAGCAGGAGGACAAGGACGACAUGGACGUGACAAAGUCCUCUGAACCUGCAGCUGUGGCGUCGCCUGAAUCUGUCUCAGUCCCAACUAAUCUAGAUGAUGCCCUGGAAGAAAUGGCUGCAUCAGCUGACGGAAAGAGGGAGUCUGACGGUAGCAUUCACCCUGAACUGUAG